UUCUUCUCCCCUCUUCUACUUCUACUCUAUUUAUUUCUUCCUAUUUCUUUGAGCUCCGACAUAGUAGUAUCUUCAUCUUGUUAACUCUCAGUAAUUUUAAAAUAUGUGUGAAGAAGUACCUGUUCAUAACAACCACCGUGAAGCUGCCGGUGAUCAAGAUUCCGUCGUAGAUAUAUACCCUCUCAGUAGGUACUACUUCGGAUCAAAAGACACUCUUCCUCUCAGAGAUGAGAACUUAGAUGAUCGUUUACAGAGGAUCAAAUCCAACUAUCUUGCUCAUGGAUUGAGGACAUGCGUGGAGGCUGUUAUUCUGGUUGAGUUGUUCAAACACCCUCAUGUUUUGGUGCUGCAAGUUAAAAAUUCUAUCUUUAAGCUUCCUGGAGGUCGUUUAAGACCAGGUGAAUCAGAUAUUGGUGGAUUGAAACGUAAGCUGGCAAGAAAACUCUCUGCAAAUGAAGAUCAAACUGAUUGGGAGGUUGGGGAAUGUCUUGGGAAGUGGUGGAAGCCCGACUUCGAAACUUUAUUGUAUCCAUACUUGCCUCCAACUGUAAAAAAACCUAAGGAAUGCACGAAAGUCUUCCUUGUGAGGUUACCGGUGAGCUGUAAAUUCAUUGUACCUAAGAACCUUAAACUGCUUGCUGUUCCAUUGUGCCAGCUUUAUGAAAAUCCUAAGACAUAUGGACAAGUAAUUUCAGGAGUGCCGCAACUGCUUUCAAAGUUCUCCUUCAACAUAAUCAAUUUCUGAGUUAGGCGUCUCCCUUGUGAUUGAGCGGCUGUAAAGUAAGUAAGAUGAGACCUUUAUGCUUUUUAUCAGAAAAAGGCUCGUUUCUGGUUCAUAUACGUCUGUUCAGUAAUUUUGAUAUACACAUUGUAUAAGGAAAAGAUUCUUACAUAUAGUGAGUGGUGGUGCUGUGUAAUUUGAACAAAAAAAACAUACAUGUUAUAUAUAUAUGUACAGGUGCCACUUUUUUUUUUUCUUAGAUGCUUCAAUGUCAAAAUUAUGUGCUAAAACUUUAAUGUUGCACUGAAGUAUCUUCCUUUUUUGUAGUCCUCUUUUCCGUCCUUUUAUCUAUCGACUAAUAAAAUUCGGAAUCGUACGAUAUUUAAACCCAACUUAACAUGUACUUAUUUCUGUGGGUUUGGCUUUGUUAUUGACUUACUAUUGUUUAAAUAUAAUGAACAAGAAAAGUUGAUUAUUUCA